AUGCCAUUUCAGACAGUCACAGCAAUGAGUGACAUCUAUGUGAAUAAGGAGGAUUUCUACUGUUCAUCUACAUUGUCAUCUUCCAUGAAACAGGGAAGGCAGAUAAAAUCACGCGAAACCACCCUAAAACAUGAGACACAAGUAGAAAAUGACUAUAUGAAUCUUGAAGACUUGAGUGUAUGUACUUCUGCCUCUGCCAGCAACCCUAAAACUAAGGAGAGCAGCUUUUCAAUCGAAGAACGAGAACAAAGUCCAUGUCAUAAGAGAAAGGAAGGAUGCUGUGGUCUGUCUGCUGGUUCUUGCUGUUGGCUGGUGAUGUCUCUUUUUGUGUUGCUGGUUAUUUUAUUGGUUGCCUUUGUAAUUUUCAUUAUAAAUGCUGAAAAUAAAUUACAGGAUAUGAAAAUGACCAAUGUCAACUUAUCAGCAAGUCAAUUCUCCAUAACAGAGGAGCUCAGCCAGCUGAGGCAUAACUUCACCUAUUUGUCAUCAGAACACCUGAGUCUUCAAAUUAGUUACAGCAGACUUUUAGACAAAAAGUGUCCAGUUUGUCCGCAAGGAUGGCAGACUCAUAAUUCAUCAUGUUAUUACAUCUCCACUGAUAAAAUGAAUUGGACUGCUAGUCGAGAUGACUGCAUAGCUAAAGGAGGGCAUCUGGUGAUAAUUACUGAUGAAAUGGAGCAGGUGUUUUUGAAUAAACUUGUCAACAACUCUCAGGCUUGGAUUGGUCUCUCUGAUAUAAAACAAGAAGGAACGUUUUUUUGGGUAGAUGACACAACUCCCACAAGGAGCUAUUGGACAGAAGGACAGCCUGAUGAUUGGAAAGUCAUUAAUCCGACUGGAGAGGACUGUGUUCAUUUAAGACCUUGGGCACACCCACUCAACACCUGGCAUGAUAUACAUUGUGAUAGCAGCAUAAAAAGAAUUUGUGAAAAAAAUGCAAUUUCUUAAGUUGUGUUUAAGCAGAUGCUCACUAUAACAUUAACUUCACAAUCCAUUUCUGUUUAGGUUUAAUCACAUGAGCUUGAUGGACUGAAUGGUCUUCUCUGAUUUGGCAGUCUUCUUAUACUGUUAUAUAGUCUCGGGUUAUUGUUACCACUGCACCAUAACAAAGUCUGCAUGUGGAUUUUAAACUUCUUUGUUAUUGAAUUUUAAGACAUGACAGUUCACUUUUUGCAGUGUUUCCAGCAGCAGAGUAAUUGAAUACCCUAAUGCAUUGUUUAUCAACUUUGUUUAGGUGAUAUGAUGGAGCAACAGUGGUUAGCACCUCUCCUGUACAGCUCCAUAGACUUGGUUUGGAAUUCUGGCCCAGUGUGUGUCUGUGUGGAGUUUUCUUCAAGUAUUUUAGUUUUGCUUCCACAUCCUAAACACAAAUAAAAUGAGUUAAUUGGUAAAUGGUAUUAAGGACUAGAGUCCCAAUCCACUGUUGGUCCAUUCUUUGCAUCUUUAUGGUGCUGCAAGACAAAUUGCAUCCCGUCUGCCUUGAAUUAGAUUAGAAGAUUAAAGGAUGGGCACAUUAAUAUUGUUCCAAAAUGGUAGCAUGACCUCAACCCUAACCUAUUUUUAAGGAAGAGCACCUUGGUGAAGAGCAAAGUGUUGUAUGAAGAGAAUUAGACUCAUCACUAGAAAUACCAUAUAUUACAUCCAACCAUCAGUUUUUUGCAUUCACUUAUUGCAACUAUGGAUAGUGAGAAGCUGGAUCCUGCCCCAGUGGCAUCAGGUAUGAGGCAAGAGCAAGCUCCUUAACAAGCAUCGGUCCAUUGGAUCUACACUUUGCAAAAGUUUUUCAAAGAGACUAGAAUUUCACCUGCUUCAAGAUGAGAAAAAUUUUAACAGAAUCCAUAAAGAAGGAAUUCAAAAUAUUGAAUGUGUAUCUCUGUACUAUUUAAUGAUUCCAGGAAUACGGAAAAUAAUAUCAGAGCACACCUCCCUGCAUUUCUCAUCCCACAGCCUGCAGCCACUGUUUAAGACACAGAUCAUUGAGCAUCACUGAAAAGUACAUCCAUCCAUCCAUCCAUCCAUUAUCCAACCCGCUAUAUCCUAACUACAGGGUCACGGGGGUCUGU